AAGAUCAUCGCUCUCACUGCAGGCACUUGUUGGAUUUGACUUCAAAAUUUCCUCAAAACCGCCUUUAACCGGAGAAGAAACAGAAACAUUUGUGAGCCGUCUACAGAAAACCAACAGCCAUAAACAUGAGAGACAGACUGGGGAACCUGCAGCAGGUGCAGACGGAGCCUGAGGGUUUCAGCACAGUGGAACUCUCGGACCAAGUGGAGGCGGCGGCGGAUGCCGACGUGGAGCUGAACGACAUCCUGACGGAGGCCCGGCGCAUACGUCUGGAGAUCCAGCAGAUCCAGAACGACAUCGGCGAGCUGAAGGAGGUGAACUACCAGGCUCUGAACCAGACCUCGCACCCCGUGGGGACCAAGCGGGACUCCAACGCCAUCGGCGCCGACAUCAAGCGCAGAGGGGAGGCCGUGGUCCAGCAGCUGCACAUGAUGAACGACUUGGGCAGGCAGACGGAGGCCGAGCGGGGCGCCUCCGACCCCGCGGCGCGCAUCGCCCGGACGCAGUACCAGUGUCUGAGCAGCGCCCUGCGGGAGGUCAUGUUCAGCUACAACGACACGGAGAUGAGCCACAGGGACGCCUGCAAACGGCAGAUCAGGAGGCAGAUGGAGGUGGUGGGCAGGGAGGUCAGCGAGGAGGAGCUGGACGAGAUGAUGGAGGGCGAGGAGCUGUGCGUGUUCAGCGUCCAGGUGACGGGCAGAACCGCCCGCUCCGCCCUCCAGCAGAUCCAGAGCCGGCACCAGGAGCUGCUGGACCUGGAGAAGAGGAUAGAGGGGAUCCAGGAGCUGUUCCUGGACGUGGCCCUGCUCGUGCAGGAGCAGGGGGUCGGGGUGGAAAACAUUGAAAAAAACGUUCAGAAUGCUGAAGGGGUCAUUCAGGAGGGCAUAGUCCAGCUGGACAGAGCCACCGCUUCGGAUAAAAACAACCCCUUCAAGAAGCUAUUUUGUGGAUGUUUUCCAUGUUAUCACAACUAAGGGCCAUGCAGCUUUGUAUGACUGUAAAAGACUGUAAACAUCAGACUUUAAUGCACUGGCUCCAGGGGGGAGGAUGGACCCACGGAUGUGUCGCCCCAAGGAUGGACAGUCUCCUGAAAGGCCUGACCAGCACACGCUUUGAGAAUUAACCUUUUUGAUGUUGGAAGUCAGAUUUGCUUAUAUAAAGCAUCAAACAAAAACAUGGAGCAUUUUUUACCUGAGUUAAUUCCUAAGUGAAGCGAACUCUAAAAGAUGCUGACAAAUUCUAGAUGUUAACAACACCAUAAGACACAAGAGGAAAAAGAGUUUUUGCUUCUUUGUGGGUUCCUGAAAAUGAAUCAUGCUUUCAGCUUUAAGUUGGGUGGAGAUAGAGAUGAGUGGACCAAACUGCUUUUGAAUUGUUAGUCAUUUCAGACAUCCUUAUUCGCAUUCUAAAGCAUUACUAAGGGGUUGGAAAUCACCCUGUUUCUUUACUGGAUAUUCUUGUACAUGUUUCUUAGGUCGAAAAGAAAAACUGCACGUGUCUCAUUUCUGUUCUACAUUUUGCUGAUAUUAUUUUACACCGUUGCAACCAUUUUCAGCAUAGCUUCCAUAAACAGUUGCUUGGAAGCAUCAAAACAAACUCAUGCAAACUAGAUUCCAGAUAAGAGUAACUUCUUCUUACUUAACUUUUUUUCUAUGAUAAGCUUUGCAUUAAUUCAGUGGACGCCUUAACUUAAGAACUUAAGGAAAUGUUUGUGCCAUUCCUAUAAUAAAUAAUAAAAACUGCACGUCUUGUGGGCUCUUUUGUGCAGAGCUGUCUCUGAAAUGAUGCGAUGGUUCUUCUUCCUGGACUGAGCAGAGAAACGGGUGAAAUGAGGGACCGACUGGGUGAGCUGCAGGCCUAUGUCUCAAAGCCUGCUGUGGAGGAGUUCAGGGCUGAGGAGAACCAGAACCUUGGCAGUGAGGAUAAAGAUUAUUUUGAGCAGCACGCUGUUGUGUUUGAGGGCGAGGAUGUGGUGGACGAAAUCCACAAAAAGGCCCAAAUGAUGAGGAAGGAGAUGCUGCUGCUCAAACUGGACGUGAAGCGUCUGGGGAAGCAGAACACCAGGUUUCUCACCUCGGUCCGGAGGAUCAGCAGCAUCAAGAGGGACUCCAACGCGCUGGGUCGGGACAUCAAGGCCAGGGGGGAAGCCAUUUACGCGCGGCUGGAGGAGCUGGGGAGCCUGAGCAAGGAGCAGGAGGAGCAGCACGGCUCCACCUCCGCUGUGGCUCGCAUGGUGCGCUCACAGUACGUGUCCUUGACCAGCGCCUUCCACAAAGUCAUGUCCGAGUACAACGAGGCCGAAAUGGCCCAGCGGGAGAACUGCAAGACCCGCAUUCAGAGGCAAGCGGAGAUCAUGGGCAAGGAGGUGAGCAGGGAGCAGAUAGACGAGAUGAUCGAGACGGGAAAGUGGAACGUCUUCUCGGACAACCUACUGUUGGAGGGCCGGACGGCCAGAUCUGCCCUCAACGAGAUUGAGAACAGGCACAAGGAGCUCCUGGAGCUGGAGGGCCGCAUCAGGGACAUCCGCGACCUGUUCUUCCAGAUGGCUCUUCUGGUGGAGCAGCAGGGCAGCAUGCUGGACAACAUAGAAGCGAAUGUAGGUGCAACUCAGGACUACGUUGCAAAAUCCAACAAUGAGAUCAAGAGGGCUGUUAGGUACAAGAAAAACAACCCAUGCAAGAAGCUGUUUUGCUGCUGCUUCCCGUGCUGCAGAUGAAACCGGAGCUUGAAGAGCUUCAUUUUAUAUUGUCAGCCAUAUAUUUCUUUGUAUAAAGCGCAGCACUGCCUUCAGUUUUAGACCACUGUGUAAAUUCCACACGGUAGUCUUUUGCUUCUCUGUGCUUGUGCGAGAAGAACGGGCCGUCAUUUUAAACCACAGGUUCAUAUGCAAAUGUGUACAGUGCAAUGCGGUGGUUACAUUUCCUGACUGUUACUUUGUAUGCCUUCUGAUUGACUGGUAUUUAAAGCACUGCUUUGUUCUAAAGCUCUUAGCUGUCAAGGUUUUUUAAUAUUAAAUGUGAUAUUUAAGUUGAUAAAGUGUGAUUCCGUUUUAGUGAACUGCCUCGAAGUGGCUUGGCGUGG